GAUCUCCACGGUCUAGAUCGGUUCGCCCCGUCGAGAAGGGUGAGCAGAGAAUUGUCCAACGGUGGGCGGCGGCGGCGAGGGUAUGCCGGUAUGCCAUCUUGGCCGUCCUUGCACGUCCUCCGUUGUCUCCACCUCCACCUGAACGGAAUCUGGAAUCGCCAUCACCUGCCACGCGCGUCGCCUCCCUCGCCCUCGGCGCAGGGAGCACAUGCUACUGAUAAGUAGCGGCGGCUGGUUUCCUCAUCUAUUCUAUACUUCUGGAACUGAUCGGCGGUGAUCGCGACGGAUUUGAAGAAAUAGACUGCGGGCUUGACUAAUUGGUAAUCUGGGAUUGGUUCUUCCCCCAUACCCUCUGCUGAGCAUUUAACCUGUCUUGAGUAGCGAGAAUGGUGAUUGGCAUAAUUGUUGUUGCUGUCCCAAAACACCCUUGGAUUUUUUAAUGACUUGCUUUCUCUGCAGAGGGCAUGGGAUUCAUCUGGGAGGAUGCAGUUCCUUUUAUAUAUUUUUUAUUUAUUCUCUGCAUUUAGGAUCCAGGAAAUUCAUUGUGCUGUAACUCAGUUCAUCUGAUGUAAAUUAGGUUCAUAAAUUUCAAUAAUGCUUGGUCUCUGAAGCACAUACUCAGUUUUCUGUCGGUUGUGUUGCAGACGAACGACUUAUUGCCACAGAGCUAAGGCCGUUUGCAGCAGUCUACCCAAAGUUUAUCCAAAAGCACUAUUCUGCAUUGUUAUACACUGUAGACUACACUGUUCGCAGAGUGAAGUUUGAAUAUAACUAUGAGAUGGGUAAGCUGCUGGAGAUAGCCUAAAGAUGUCAGUAUAAGUAUCCCAGCAUAAGGAUGUCAGUAUAAGUAUCCCCUGAUGUGUCGAUAGGUCAAGUAGGCGCUGCAGCCUGCAGUGAGUCCAUGGCCAGGAUGAAUAGCAUGGGCAAUAGUUGGUCUCCUUGCCAGACUCCUGAUCUACCAAAUCCUGUCUCUCAAAUUUGAAGACUAUACUCCCCAACAAAUUUGUGUUUGAUCCAACUGCCCUCAUCUUACAGCUUUGUCAUCAGGAGUUCAAGUGCAGCUGUACGUUCCUUGGAAGGUACCCUGGUGUUCGCUUUCUAGUUCCAACAAGCUUGCACCCAUCAUAUAUUGGUGAAUGGUUGGUUACACAUGCCAACAACAACUGAUCAUGUGGGCAGGUUGCUCUGUGACAGGGGACAAAUUAGUGUGCGGUGUGCCAUAGAAGCUUGUUAUAUUAGAAAGUACGUUUUUUUGCAGGUACAAUGUCAGGAGCCUAUAAUUGCCAUAUGUCUUGUAGAUCUUAUGGAUUUUUUUUUUGUUCUUCCUGAAGUGUCAUUCAUGUCCACGGAUUCUCAACAGCUUCUCUGCCAGGACAUGCAGAAAAAACUGUUCAUAUCAACAGAAACCCAUUACUUACACAGUCAGAUAGUCCGCUCUUCUACUGUCUUGACUGCUGAUGAUGUUGUGCUUGUGCAAGAUACUGUGGAUAGCAGCUACUCGUCUCCGAUGGACAUGGACUGGACUGUCUCAAGCUUCGAAGCCCACGGACCCUAUGAGCACAGAACAGGAACCACAUGACCGAGGCUCGGGUUUUCUCUUUUAAGCUGGAGCUGUGGAGCAUGGCAGCUGCUGCACAAGAUGGACGGACGGACGGACCACACAAGAAUCCAAUCCAGCCCUCGCGUGGCUGUACUGUACUGUACGUGCGCUGCGCAGAAAGCACUGUACGCCGACGGACUGGUCGCUUCUGCUAAGGCCGCCGUCCUGCCGUCUGAGCAGACGAUCAUUGAAAAUGGAUGCCACGUGAUUGGCACAAAGGUUCUGCUGUCCUCUUCCUCAAGGGAUAGCGAUGCAAGAUCCAGCAGGCUGGCCGGAGAGGGAGAGACCAGUCUCUCCUCGAGCCCAAGUACGAAAGCGUAUCAAAAGAAGAAAGGAACAAGGUGGGGGAAAAAAACUAGGGGGGCCGUAUCAUAUAUCUGGUGCCGAAAAACGCCCUUGGAACGGAGAAAAGCAAGGUCGCGGUGAAGUGUGAGCAGCCUCUCCUCUAGUGGUUCUGCUGGGACGACACCACCAGCACUGCAGUACCACUACUAGUUAUAUCAAUGUGGCUGUCCCUCCUCUUUUCCGCUGAUGGAGUUGAGAUGUUCUGCACUACUUUUCCACCCCGAAUCCGGAUGGCACCCGUACCGUAGUGCUUGUAUGCCUUCUUUCCCUUUCUUCUACUUGUACCUACAUGCUACUACAGGUGUACUACGUAUUUUGCUCCCCCCACUUGGUUUUGCAAGCAAGACCAGCGUAAAAGCAGAGGAGACUGUCAGAUUCCUCUUUCGCUUUAUUCUCCCGCCCAGCCUCACACACACGUAGUUAGUGUUGGGCUACUCACACAUGACACAACUUCGCCUCCCUCCAAAUACCCAGAGUUUUGAAGCAGGGAGGAAGGAAGACAGAGCAGAAGCAGAGCGCUCUCCGUCUCCGGUCCAGUAUCUCCGCUCGCCCUCCUCCCUCCUCCUCCUCCUUCGCUUCAGGUUCAGGAGCCAGUUAGAACAUUGGUGUUAGCGCGCGCUCUUUCCUCCAAGCAGAAUCAAGAUUUUGUUCCCAUCCUCAAGUACUUACUCCUCCUCUCCCCCACUCUCCAGCCGUCCUCUCUCCUUCUCCAUCAAAUCACAGGCUUUGUUUAUAGGGAAAAAAAAACAAACAAACAAACAGUUGUCUCUGCGCCCGCCCGCCCGCCUUGGCUUCUUCUACCUACAUCAGCUGUCCAUUUCGCAGCACGCAGCAGCAGUCUCUACGCUACGGCUGCAUGAGUGUUAGCUAGCAGCAAGGAUGAGAGAUGGCAGCAACACCACCAAGAAGAGCAAGCUGUCGUGGUCCAAGAGCUUGGUGAGGAAGUGGUUCAACAUCAGGAGCAAGGCCCACGACUUCCACGCCGACGAUGUGGCCGCGAUUGGUAGGACAGUUGCAGGAGGGGGCGAUGACGAGUGGAGGAGGGGCAGCAGCUUCACCCGUAGGGAGCCGAGCACAGUGAAGAAGAGCAAGACAGAGAGGUCCUCGAGGAGGAGCAAUGGGCACUCGAGGCGGGGAAAGAUUGACCUUGAUGCCGCCGAAGCCACAGUGACAUUGGACUAUAGGAUAUUUGUUGCUACAUGGAAUGUGGGCGGCCGUUCCCCGCCAAAUAACAUGAGCCUCGAGGACUGGCUCCACGCUGCACCUCCUGCUGACAUCUAUGUCCUCGGGUUUCAAGAAAUUGUUCCACUCAAUGCCGGUAACGUCCUUGGGACAGAGGACAAUGUUCCAGCGAAGAGGUGGGUGUCACUGGUCAGGAGGACACUGAACAAUUUGCCAGGUACUAGUGGCAACGGGAGCUUCCGGACACCAUCUCCGGCUCCUAACCCUGUGGUGGAGAUCGACGAUGAUUUUGAGGGUUUGUCAUCGAAGCAGAACAGUGCAAGUUUCUUCCAUCGCCGGUCUUUCCAGGCUGGGCUUAGUCGGAGUUUGAGGAUGGAGGGUGACAUUCUUGCUCCUCAGCCAAGGCUGGAACGUCGGUACAGUGUCUGUGACCGAGCAAUCUAUGGCCGUAGGCCUAGCGACUAUGAGAACAACUACCGAUGGGGUGGAUCGUCAGAUGAUGAGAAUAAUACUGGAGAGUCACCGAGCACUGUGUAUUCACCAGUGUCGUACGGUUACGGCAAUGCAUCAUCUCUGGAAGAUGGUCAAAGACGGCCUGGCCAAACUAGAUACUGUCUGGUGGCAAGCAAGCAAAUGGUAGGGUUGUUUCUGAUGAUUUGGGCUCGGAAGGACAUAAGAGAUGACAUAAGAAAUCUGAAAGUUUCUUGUGUUGGGAGAGGACUGAUGGGCUACCUUGGGAAUAAGGGUUCAAUUUCGAUUAGCAUGUUAUUGCACCAAACAAGCUUCUGCUUCGUCUGCAGCCACCUGACUUCAGGACAGAAGGAAGGUGACGAACUGCGUAGGAACUCGGAUGUGCUGGAAAUCCUGAGAAAGACCAGGUUCCCAAUGGUCUAUGGGCAGUAUGAGCGUUCGCCAGAGACAAUCUUAGGGCACGAUCGAAUCAUCUGGCUCGGGGACCUAAAUUACCGGAUCGCGCUUUCCUAUCGGUCAGUGAAGGCCCUGGUCGAGAUGCGCAAUUGGAAAGCAUUGCUAGAGAAAGAUCAGCUAAGGAUCGAGCAAAGAGGUGGAAGAGUAUUUGUUGGGUGGACUGAGGGGAACAUAUAUUUCCCCCCAACAUACAAGUACUCGAACAAUUCGGACAAGUACGCCGGAGACGACAUGAACCAGAAGGAGAAGAGGAGAACCCCUGCAUGGUGCGACCGUAUCCUAUGGUACGGAGCAGGCCUCGGUCAACUGUCAUACGUACGAGGUGAGUCUCGCUUUUCGGACCAUCGACCUGUCUACAGCGUCUUCAGCGCGGAAGUGGAAUCGAUCAAUCAUAGCCGGAUCCAGAAGAUGAGCUGCUCCAGCUCUCAGCUGGACAUCCAAGAACUGCUGCCUUACUCAUAUGGAUACACCGACAUCAACCCGUACGGAUACACGGACCUGAACUUCUACUGAAACAGGGUUUGAGGGAUUCAGCGUCCUUCGAAUGUUGAUUCAAUGCAAGUGCAAGUGCAAGUGCAAGUGCAGUUGAUGGAAAGAUCCGAAAUUUGUUGGGCCAAAGCUUCAGCUUCUGAUAGAUAGCCCGGCCUGCGCAUUGUACAUCUUCUUGGGUACAUAGUAUGCUCAAGAUUUUAACUACUCCGAGAUAAGCCAAGGGCCAUAUGUUCUCUCUGACCAAAGUCACAUACUGGCAACAAGGGCGUGCUUCACUUACUUUGAAGAGAAUAAUAAUAAUAAGCAACAAGAUGCCCACUUACUUUACAGCAGACGGUUGGUUCGUUUUUUUUUCUUUUUCUUCUUCUUCUUCUUUCCCUUGGACGGACAGACAGUACGAUACUGAAUCAUAAGCCCAGGAGACGUUGAGGUUGAACUAGGACAGUAACAACAAGCAGUCCUUCUGCAUAUACUUACUGUAUAGUUUUAUUUUAAAGCUGUUGGCCCAUGAAGCCUCUGCAAUUCUGCAUCGCUCUCGUAUCGUAUCAUUUCCAUGGAUGGAAAAGGGGAUGCGUAGGCCAUGGCUGCCAUGUUUUUUUGUUUCUAUGAGCGUCGUCAGAAUCAGCUGAGCUGACA